AUGUCCCCUCCUGAUACCGAAUCAUCUCGUGCCCGACAAAAGAGAAAGUUGAGUCCUGAUGCAGAGCCUUUAGUGCGCAAACGAGCUCAAAAUCGUAUCUCGCAACAAUGCCACCGCGAGAAAAAUACUGCGUACAUUCGUAGUCUUGAGAGUACCAUUGAAUUACUUGAAAAGGCCGCCAGCUACGACACUGACGGCGGCGAAAGAAGGGAAGAUCGUUACGCUACGCUAGUCGAAGCGCAUCUGAAGCUGGUCAAGGAGAACCGUCGUUUAGAAGAGGCCUUAUUCCGCCUCCGGAAGAAGCUUUUGAGCCUAAGCAAUUCCGCUGCCACCGCUUCUGAUGAUGUGAUUUUUGACUCAAUUUUGCGCCGGGGGGACGAUGAUCAGCACCAAAGCGCUCGCAAAAGCUCUCAGAAUUGUCCGGAACCUCACAGCCGUCAACAUCGCAUCAACCAGGUGAGUUGCGAUGAGCCAGCCUCUGCCAUUUCUUUCGCACGAGACCCGGAUGAUGGAUGCGACGGCACCCAUAGUGAGACCGUUGCACAGAACAGCGCUUUCGAGGACGAUGCCACUGCACCGUUUUUCGACUUUGACCCAAAUACCUACGAACCAGACGGACAACAUACCCUACCAAGCACCUCACUCUCCGAAAUGAGGCUGUUAGAUAUGGACACGGUAUCAGACCUAUUCCUUCCCAUUUCCCCGAAUCCUCAUAUCUUGAUGCGCCAGAAAAUUAGCAUCACGUCACCAACAGCAUUCGGCACUAAACUACUCAGCGCAUGCCGCCAGUGCAUCGAUCGAGCGAGUGAUCCCUCACUCUCGACUCCAGAGACUCUUGGUUUAUUCCACAAAAAGCUCAUCCUCGCUGCUACUGAUCUCGUGGCGCAUUGCCUUGGACUGGAGUCUUACAUAUACGGGGUGAAUGGAGCGCGGUAUAUCGAAAAAGUGUUGAGCUGGCGGCUCGGUCUCGAGAAUAAGAAUGGCGUACCAUCGCCAUUUAAGCCAACACCUCUGCAGUCCAGACGACCCAAUCAUUUCUGGGCUAUUGAUUUGUUCAAUUGGCCAGAUGUGCGUGACCAGUUGGUACUAGAACAAGACUCGGUUGAUCUGGAUGCCAUGAUCAGGGACGUCAUCCUUCACUCAGUCAUUGAACAAACCAACCAAGGCGUUGCCGUCGGAGUGCAUGACAUCUUCCAGAACCAGAUCCUACGUAAGGAUAAAGCACGCCAGGCUCAGACCGCUUGUGUGAAAACUUUCCUUAGUGAUUCAUCGUGGGUCUUAUUUGAGGUCACGCCGGAAGCUCAAAGCUUCGAUAUGCCCAUGAUCGAUCCCGUCGAAGCUGCUCUAAUCUCGGAGCUACAGCGACGGGUGGAAACAAUAUCAUCAGCCAGAUGUGGCUAUAACACGCCAUCCUCGCCAAUAGCUGGAAUCAGCCAUGGGAAUGAAGUCGCCCUUUACUUUGGACUGGACAACAUGGUAGAGUGGAAGUUGAGCAAGGAGUUUGCAGCGAAGUACUCUUUCCUAGACUGUUCUACAGGUAGGACGCUACCCCUUCAAUCCGCCCGCUUUUGCGCACAGUCAGACUAA